GAGAGAGAGAGAGAGAGGGGAGAUUUAGUGGGAGAUUAAUGGCCGAGGAGAGUAAGAAAUCAAGUGUGGUAAAGCACAUACUGCUGGCAAAGUUCAAAGAAGAAGUGUCUGAACAAAAGAUUGAAGAAUGCAUAAAGCAAUACGCAAACCUUGUUAAUCUCAUACCUUCUAUGAAGUCCUUCGCUUGGGGAAAAGAUGUGAGCGUAGAGAAUUUAAAUCAAGGUUUCACUCAUGUAUUCGAGUCCACAUUCGAGAGCACACAAGGCAUAGCUGAGUAUCUUGUUCAUCCGGACCAUGAGGCCUACGGUAUUAUAUUGCGACCUCUACUCGAGAAUGUCAUCACUAUCGAUUACGAACCGAUUGACGUCAAACUCUAAAAGAAAUCAAACAUAAGUAAGUUAGUCCUUGAUGGACUCCCUCAUUAUUAGUUUUCUUCAUCACUAUGUAUAUAAAUACAAACUUCAUUCAUGCUCUUGUUUCCAUCUCUAAGUCUAAACUUUUUGGCGGUCAUUCUAUACAACUUUGGUUAAUUUAAAUGUCUAUUUGUAUCGUAUGUUACAUCAAUUGGUUUGCGAUUGCAUUAUGGUUGAUAUAUUCAGUGAUUCGCUAACUUCUCUCAAUUAUUAGGCCCGACUGUAAGAAUAUUUUAUAUUCUUCUAUUAUUGUGGACCAUAUUAUUAGUUGGACCUAAUUGAAUUAAUAGCUAAACUUAAUUAAGG